AUGGAUUAUCAAAGUUAUGACAAUAAUGAUUUGGUUAAUGGUUCUAAUAACCCAGACCCUAAUCUUGUUCUUCAUUCAAACGGAGAAACAAACUUUACUGGCUCAUCUCCUAUUCAAAACAAUCAAAAUGCCGAGUUUACUGACUUUACCCAUGGAAACUUAGCUCAUGACAAUCUCAAUCAACAAGGCACUUUUAACAGCGAUUCUGUUGGUCCAAACAGUACGGUUCAAAUAGUUUACAACAAUUUCAAUCAACAAGGCACUUUUAAUAGCAAUUCUGACGGUCAAAACAGUAUGAUUCUAACAGGUGCCAAUAAUAACAAUAACAACGUGAGCACCGCUUAUCAAGGCUCUCAAAUUACUAAUACUUAUCAAAAUGAUCAAAUAGUAAUUAGCCGCCAACAGCUUCUAGAUAUUGUAAAUCGACUGUUGGAACUAUUAUAA